AUGUUUUGCCAAGUGAAAGUUUCCCAAGGUGUCUUACAAGGCAAAGAGUGCAAGACUUUUUAUGGUAAAAAAUACUACAGCUUCGAGGGUAUACCGUACGCUAAACCACCUAUAGGAAGACUUCGAUUUAGGGAUCCUCAGGAACCGGAAAACUGGACAGGCAUCCGUGACGCAACCAAACCAGGAAACAAAUGCUGCCAGUUAAAUCCUUAUGGCAACACUGCUUUUGAAGGCUCUGAAGAUAGUCUUUAUCUAAAUGUAUACACACCAAGCUUACCAGUUGAAAAAAUAGAAAAACUACCAGUUUUCUUUUUCGUCCAUGGCGGUCGACUUAUAUUUGAAAAGGCCAAGAUGGUCGCCUCCAAUUUAGGAAAAGAUCUGACAGAUCCCAAUAGACUGUAUGAAUUUUUAGUCGAUGUUCCGAUUGAAGAUUUGUUAAUUGCUUUUAGCGUUGUAGAAAUGAGUAAACCGCCAUCUGUGAUCGCUGCUGUCUUUACGCCAGUAGUUGAGAAAAAAUUUCAUGGCGUUGAAAACUUUUUCAUCGAACACCCCCGGGUUGAUAUACCAUUGAAUCGUUUUAAUAAAGUGCCUUUAUUAAUUGGCAUGCAUUCACACGAAGGUGCAUUAUUUUUACAAAGAGAUUCAGAAGGCAAAAUCAUUUUUGAAGAGGAUUUCUACUUUUUCGUGCCUACACAGUUGUGUAUAGAACGUGAUAAUAAACAAGUUGCCAUAAUAGAAAAAAAGCUUCGUGAAUUUUAUUUUAACAAUAGAGAUGUGAACGAAAAAACUAUAUCGGCAUAUAUCGAUAUGGUUUCGGAUCGUUACUUUAGUUUCGAUAUAAUGCAUAAUAUUGAGGUGAUAUCGAAGUUUUCUCCGAAUGUUUAUGCAUUCAGGUUUCAAUAUAACGGUAAUAUGAAUACUAGAAUUAUGAAGAAUUUGGGAUUGGAAGGGGGCUCUCAUGGUGAUAUGAUACAAUACCUGUUUUAUAGAAAAUGCAAACACGAGAGAGCCACAGAAAAAGAUUUACAAAUUGUGGAAAUGUUGAGCGAAGCUUGGUAUAACUUUGCUAAAAAUGGAACACCAUCUUGGAGUGGUCAGAAAACAAAAUGGCUGCCGUAUACACCGACAGAAAAACUAACACUAGUUAUAGAUCGUAAUAUUGAAUUAGUUCGAAACCCUGAUACACAUCGAUGGAAAUUUUGGCAAGGAAUUAUUGGGGAAUCUUCAAAGUUAUAA